UUCAGUAAAAUUGGUAGAUUUGGACGGUAACCAUGAUGCCGUCUCCACCGAUCACUCUGAGCUGGUUCGAUUACACCAUAUUUGCAGGUACUUUAGUUUUCAGUACUUUGAUCGGAAUCUACUACGGUUGUUUUGGAAGUAAACAAGGAACAACCAGGGAGUACCUCAUGGGAGGAAAAACCAUGAAAAUUAUUCCCAUAGGGAUAUCAGUAGCAGUGAGUCAUAUUGCUGGGGCUGUGCUAGUAGGAACAGCAGCAGAUGUUUUCAGAUACGGAGCCAGCAUUUGGUUAUGUGUCGUUUCGGUAAUAGUAAUGGGGCUUCUAACAAAUUUUGUUUACCUUCCUGUGUUCUUUAAACUGCGUUUGAGGAACGUUUACGACUAUUUGGAGAAAAGAUUUGACAAGAAAACAAGAAUGUUGGCAAUUAUAUUUUACACGAUUGGUGAAAUACUUUUAUUCCCAGUGCAUGCGUAUUCUCCAUCUUUAACUUUUGCCACUGCUAGUGGUUUUAAUGUAAAUCUCGUAGCUUUUAUUCUGUGUGCUAUUUGCGUAUUUUACACUUCAAUUGGGGGUUUCAAAACCGUAAUUUGGACCGAUAUUUUUCAGUUUGUAAUAAUAGUGGCAUCUUUUAUCUGUAUUUACGUACUAGGUCUUAGAAAAUCAGAGGGAUUCUUGUCGGUGUGGAAUACAGCUGUAGCUGGACAAAGACUAGAAGUUUUCAAUUUCGAUAUAAAUCCUACAGUAAGAGAUAGCUUCUGGGGAUACUUAAUAGGUGUAGCAUCGUCCUUUACGGCCUACGUAUCCGUGCGUCAAACCGGCGUUCAAAAAUUUUUAACUUUAGGAAAAUCUACAGAUCUCAAAUGGUCAGUUAUUUACACCGUCAUUAGUAUGUCAGCGAUUCACACUUUGUGCAUUUUCGUUGGCUUAGUGGUUUAUGCCAAGUAUAAAGACUGUGACCCACUCACUAGUCACAUGAUCUCAAAACAUGACCAAAUUUUUCCUUACUUUGUAACUGAGAUUGGUGCCAGCGUACCAGGAAUCUCGGGUCUCUUUAUAGCAGCGGUUUGUAGUGGAUCGCUAAGUUCAAUGUCUGCAAACUUGAACGCUCUCUCUGGUGUUAUCUAUAAAGACAUUGUGUACUUUUUCCUCAAGAAACAACUCUCUGACAAAAGUAGUAGUGGUAUUUUGAAAGUGAUAGUUCUUGCUGUUGGUACCUUGUGUACUUGUUUAGUGUUUACAAUAGGACUAUUGGGAGAAAUACUUUCGAUUAGUUUAGUAGUAGCAAGUCUUACACAUGGACCGUUGUUGGGGUUGUUUACACUAGGAAUUCUCUUCCCCAUGGCAAACUCAAAGGGAGCCUUUUUUGGUUCGCUAGGAGGAUUUGUUUGUGUUGGAAUUUUAGCAAUUCCAGCCAAAUUUUACGAAAUGAGAGGGUUCAUAAAAUAUCCUACGAAACCCCUGUCUAUAAGUGGUUGCUCUGUGUUCAACCAGACGUUAACUGGGACAAACUUCGCAUCUUUUAACACCACUGCAUUAAAUGAUUCCGUUACAUUCCAACCCCCCUCCAUUUUUAAGAUUACGUUUUUCUACUAUACAUUCUUUGGAGCCGUCAUGACCAUAAUUUUCGGAUUAAUUAUCAGCUAUAUGUCAAAGAGGGAUUCUUCAGUUGACAGAACACUGCUAAGUCCCUUGAUAUAUAAGUGCCUGCCUGAAGAUUGUCGAGAGGAAGAGAAGAUGUCAUGCGUUAGCUUACAAGACCCAUCAGAAAUUCGUCCUUAAAGAUUAAUUUUACUUUGUAGAAUUUUCUCUUUCCUAUUGAUAAAUUUGAUGUUUUAGUAAGUGUUACCCAAUUUGAG